UUAGUUUUUUAGUACUUUAUAUAUCAGUGACCAAACGUAUUGAUCAUUAAAACCAAGAAGAGGAAGAAAAAGAAGCAGAUCACAGAGAGAGAGAGAGAGAUGUGUCCAAACAAUAAAGGUGGUUCAGAUGAUCAUGAUAGGCCACUGCUGGUGAAGUAUUCAUCAGAUGGAAGAGGAGGAGGUGGUGGUGGAGUGGAGGAGAGGUGGUGGAAGAAGGUGUUGGAUUUGGAAGAAGCAAAGCAUCAGGUGUUGUUUUCAUUACCAAUGAUAAUUACAAAUGUUUCAUACUACUUCAUUCCUCUGGUGGGUGUCAUGUUUUCCGGUCACCUCGGAGACCUCGAGCUCGCCGCCUCCAACCUCGCCAACUCCUGGGCCUUCGUCACCGGCUACGCUUUUCUGAUGGGCCUAAGUGGUGCAUUAGAAACAUUAUGCGGGCAAGGAUACGGUGCAAAACUGUACAGCAUGCUUGGCUUACAGCUCCAAGCAUCAUGUAUAAUCUUUGUGUUCUUCUCAAUCUUCUUCUCAAUUUUCUGGUUCUAUUCCAAGCCCAUUUUGAUCUUACUUCACCAUGAUCCUCACGUUUCACACGUUGCAAUGCUCUACAUUAGAUUUCUUAUCCCGAGUUUGGUUACAUUUGGGCUUUUGCACAACAUUUUGAGGUUUCUUCAAACGCAGAGUGUUGUCAUGCCACUUGUUGUUUGCUUAGUCCUCCCAUUGAUCGGUCACAUUGGCAUUGCCUAUGUUUUUGUUCAUUGGACACCUCUUGGAUUCAAGGGAGCUACAUUGUCAAUGUUGAUCUCAUUGUGGAUCGUAGCCCUUAUGUUGGGUGUUUACGUGCUUUGUGCAAAGAGAUUUGAGCCUACUUGGCAUGGAUUUUCAAUCGAGACAUUUCGUCAUGUUUUUGUGAACUUGAAAUUGGCUCUUCCCUCUGCAGCAAUGUUGUGUAUUGAGGAUUGGGCAUUUGAGCUACUGGUACUGUUAGUUGGGUUGAUGCCAAACGCAGAAAUAACUUCAUUGAUUGCAAUGUGUGUCAAUACAGAAGCUAUCGCCUUCAUGAUUACUUAUGGUCUCAGCGUUGCUGUUAGCACAAGGGUGUCGAACGAGUUAGGAGCAGGCAAUCCAGAUCGAGCCAAGAAAGCCAUGGGUGUGACUCUCAAGCUCUCUAUCUUGCUUGCUCUCAUUGUUGUAUUGGCUCUAGCCUUUAGUCACAAUAUCUGGGCUGGCUUCUUCAGUGAUGGAUCAACAAUUACAAAGGAAUUUGCUUCGUUGACCCCAUUUCUUGUGGUUUCAAUCAUGUUUGAUUCCUUCCAAGGUGUCUUAUCAGGGGUGGCAAGAGGAUGUGGAUGGCAGCAGACAGCAGUGUACGUUAAUUUGGCAGCAUUCUAUUUGAUUGGCAUGCCCAUUGCCAUCCUUCUAGGGUUUAAAUUCAAACUAUACGCUUAG